UGCGCACAGGAGCGAUCUGUUUUUCCGGGCGGGCUGAUUCAAAAUACAACCACGCAAAAUGGAUUUGCUCUCAGCGCUGCAGUUUCUGAGGUUAAAUGAAAUUCCACGAGCCUGGGUGGAUGAAGUGUGGGACUUGGAGUUCACAGAGAGAAAACAACUUGAUGACACCAUCGGAGAGGAACUUGUAGUGAUUGGAGAAAAGGACUUCAGAAACCUUUACGGCUGUUUACUGGCUCAUGCUGCUGACCAGCAACAGUCUGCAGGAAGAGAUGGAGCCUCACAGAGUGUCUGGGCAACUCUGGGAGAGAAUGGAGUGUCAGUCAAAUCUUUGGUGGCUGUUCUGUCUCUCUUUGUCCUGGCGGGGAAAGUGAAGGCAGCCAAUGUUCAGCAGAGAGUGAGCGGUCUGCAUGCUGCCUCCCUCUACCUACUGCUGCUGGGAAUCCCAGGGAGCAUCGCCAACAAGGUUUUCCAUGAGGUUUUAUUUGACACUUGCUCAGACCUUACCUCUCACUGCUGGCCUCAGGACUCUGGAAAGAAGCGCAAGAAAGAUGGCCUGAAGAGCUCCCAGGCAGAAGGCAAACGCUCCAAACCAACAAGAAAAGACACUACAGAGAUGGAAGUGGACGAAGCAGAAGAAGAGGAGGAGGGAGAGGAGCUUCACUUCUCUAGCCAGGACUUGAUGAAGAUCAGAAAUGCUGUGGUUAACUUGGUUCAAAGCCUCCUCAGACUCCUGCAGACUUUUCCUCUCAAAGACCGACCACAGAGCGCCAGUAACUGCUCACAGAUCUUCAGUAAACUGCUCUCCUUUGAGCCGGUUGUUGGAGAGCCAGCCUUUGCUGCUGCACAAGAUAUCACCAAACUGAGGAGCGUUCCUGAGAUGGCUUUCUAUGGCCUACAGCUGCUCUGCUCCCCAAAACACGGAGACCAGAAAGAAUCACUCCGGAGGGUUUUCCACCGACUCCUCUAUGUUAUCUUGAUGAUGAAUAAAGGCAACAGAGGAAAGCCAUCUCUCCUCAUACCCAGCCAGGCUGUCCUCUCCACCCGCAACCAGGCCAUCAGUUUUGUUUGUCAUCUUGUGGAGGAGCUGAAAGAACUGGCACUGCCUUUCCUGCAAAUCCUUCUGCAGCAUAUCUGCUAUCAGAUGGUGGAGAAGAGCGAGUAUCGAAGCCAUGGCGCCCAGGCCGUGGGUAUGUUGACGUCUCAGAUGGCGAGUCAUGACUUCGCCUGCUUCGUCAAGUGGCUCUAUAACUUCUCCAAACAGUCAAAGAUGGUGCACCGGCUUUUCUCUGUGGAUGUGGUGAUGGUUUUGCUGGAGCAGCCAGAAAGGAGCUCUGAGGAUUGCCAGGAUCCAGAGCUUGCUUACUAUCUACCGCAAAAGUUCCUAAUCCAGAAUCUGCUUUUCGAUCGACGAAUGGACGAGUCACCCACUGUCCAAGGCCACGCUCUCGCCUGCCUGGCCCAGUGUUUGGAGCUGCCUUCGCUCAAUGUCACCAGGGCCGUCCACAACCUUUUCUCUGCCACUGGAACACAGACCGUGUUGGAAAGUGAAAUCACAGAAGAGAGUCACAGCUCACAGCAGACUCAGAAGACCUACCGCAGUCUACCGUUCAGGACCGUGGAAAUCACCACUACCGACAACUCCACCAGUGACGCAGCCAAAGAAAACCUGGCUCUUCUCCUUCGGCGUGUAAAAGACUCAAAGACCAAUGUGAGGAAAUCUGCCCUGCAGGCUCUCGUUGGUCUCCUGAAACACGGUGUAAUCCCUGCCAGCUGGGAGAACUUAUCUACGCUAUCAGAACGCUGCAGAGACCCGGCAGUAUCUGUGAAGAAGAAGGCGCUGCAGUGCUUGGGAGAUCUGCUCUCUGCUAAACCUGGGUGCAGUGUGGUGCAGAAGGCGUGGCUGCAGGGUGUGGUGCCUGCAGCGGUGGACUCGGAGAACUCGGUGCAGGAAAAGGCCCUUGAGGCUCUGGAUCAGGUGCUGCUCAACCAGGUGAAACCUUUCUCUGCCAGCUGUUACAUGGACACCAAUCAGAAGCUGACCUGGGCUCUGUUAGACCUGCUGUGCCACGAAUGCCAGAACCUCAGCCGAUAUUUCAGCAGGGCCUUCACCAUCUGGUCCAAACAGAACAAGUUCACUCCAAAAUUCAUUGCUAACUUGAUCUCUCACACGGAGGCUGAUCACGCCGCCGGGGCCUGGCUGCUGCUCUCUAAGGUUGUUUCUUCAUCCUCCAAACUUCCCUUUGAAAAGAUCCUGGAUGCCUGGGACAGCAUGGUCAGUUCACGAGACGUACCGGUGACGACAUGCUGUCACAUCCUGUCUGUGAUGGGAGACAUCGCUGCACAUUUGAAUGAGGACACCAAAGACAGGAUAAUUAGUGAUCUGAUGUCUUUGUUAAAGACCUUCACUUUGUCUCUGGAGGUGAUCAGUGCAGCUGUAGAGACUCUUUAUCAGUUUGGAUGCAGUGAAGAUGUCAAACAGACCCAGGCUUUUUUGAAUCAGCACUGUGGAGAGCUGGUGUCAGUUUGUGAAUCGUAUCUUGCCGGCAUCAUCCUGAGUGAACACGGAAGCCAGAACCUCAAUGAAGAUCUCAUGAUAAAACACCUCCACACUCUGGGGGUGGCAUCACUCCACUGUCCCUCCAAGGUUGGAAAAAGGACGGUGCUGGUUGUUGAAUCAGUCCUCACAACGCAGUCAGAGAGAGUGGCAGAGCUACAAGAGGAGGUGCCAGCCUCACAGCCUCUGUCUCAGUUCAGAGCAAACUCUUUGCCCACCAGAGUCCGAGCGCAUGGAGUCAUCACUUUAGGUAAACUGUGUCUGCAGCAUGAGGAGCUGGUCCAGAAGUACCUACCGGUGUUUGCCAGAGAGCUGGAGGUUGGGACAGAGGUCGCUGUGCGCAACAAUGUGGUGGUGAUCAUGUGUGAUCUGUGUGUACGAUACACAAACAUCGUGGAUCACUACAUCCCAAACAUUUCCACUUGUCUGAAAGACAACGAAGCCGUCAUCAGGGAGCAGACCCUCAUCAUGCUGACCAACCUGCUCCAGGAGGAGUUUGUGAAAUGGAAAGGCUCCCUCUUCUUUCGCCUCGUGGUGGCUUUGGUUGACCCUGUCCCCUCCAUCGCCAGCCUGUGUGAAUACUGCCUGCUCCAUCUGCUGCUGAAGAAGAACCCAGAAAUGUUCAGUCAACAUUUCAUAGAGUGCAUCUUCCACUUCAACUCCUACGACAAACACAAGUCCUACAACAAGUUUCCUCAAAGUGAGAGAGAAAAGGUUAAGUUCUCUCUGAAAGGGUCACAGCACCAGGAGAAGCGGUUCAGGAUUUAUCGCUUCCUGCUGGAGAAUUUCACAGAUGCCCAACGCUUCAACAUCAUCAACAAAAUCAACCAGUCUAUCCUGGCUUGCUUUGCAGACGAGGAACUGCCACUGGAUCCAGAGGGAGCAGAAAUUCUGUCAGAGACCUUCAACAUCAUGAGUCUGAAGGAGAUGAAGCUUCAGGCUGUUUCUAUGCCAGCGGGGGGCGCUACAGAGGAGGAACCAGAGGAGCAGAACAUGGCCAACAUGGCUAAGGCUGUCCUGCAGGCUGCACAGAGGAAGGUGGUUUCACAGGUCCAGAAGAAGGCCUUCAUAGAGAACACUGUUCCUCUCAUUAUCAGUCUGAAGAGCCUGCUGGAACAAAAACGCUCUCCAGUCCUCAGAGACCUCAUGGCUUACCUCCAGGUGACAAUGCAGGACUACCGUAAUGAGGUAAAGGAGUUUUUCUCUGGUGAUGAGCAGUUGGCAGUGGAGGUGGAGUUUGCUUUAAAGACAGCAGAGAGGGAGAGAGAGAUGGAGCAACAAAUGGAGAACUGUAGCCUGGCAGCAGACGCCAUAACUCCCUCUGCACAGAUUUCAGCCAACGGCUCUCCAGCCAGGUCUAGACCCCUCCUCCCACUGAACUUUGCCACACCACAGCCUCCACGCCCAAGCAUCCUGUCUGCUCGACUGGCCCACACUGACAGACGUGUGAACAGAGCCAGGCAGGAGGAUGGUGUCAGUCAGUCAAAGUCGAUCACUCUGGAGAGAACAGUGAUGCCUAAAGGAGCGGUGAAAGACAGAGCUAUCAGCACACCUAAAGGCGUUAACGUCAACUUAACAUUUGACGAAGGACUGAGUGCAAUCUUCAGUGACCGAGGAGCAAGUCUUGUUGGAGAAACCAGUGUUCUACAUGUGAGGUCAAAUGAGGAGCAAGCUCCUGGACCGAGGCAGUGGAACGUGCAGUCUCCUCUCCGUCAGAAGAGACGACGGUCUAAAUCCUAGAUGACUUUCAUUUAGUUUGAUUCAGGGCAAAGCUAGUCCUCAGUUCUGUUUCUAUCCAUAUAUUUUCCGUUGGGGUUUCCUUUUCUUCGUCUCUGAUGUGUUUGUGUCCCUGGUUGUCUUUGGCCUAAGUAAUAAACUAUACAUGUUUAUAAGG